AUAAAUGAAAAAAAACAUUAAAAUUUUUCAGAUUUUUAAUCAAACUUUCUUUCUAAAUCACAAUUAUUAUUUUCUCUUCUUGACAGAAGGUAUUACUUGAAAACUAAUUAGUUUCACAGAAUCUGUAUUCAAUCAAAAUAAAAUUGCUGCUUUAUACAAACAAGACCCGACUUUCAAGAUAAAACAUCAACAAUUACUAUCAACCUCAAAUAAUAAAUUUACUAAGCUGAAAUAAUGAGUUGUUGUGAAUAAGAUUUCACUUACUUUUGUCCAAAAUAAAAAAGAAAGGUCUUUUUUGAUUACUACGCUCUACUAAACAUCAGCAGAGACGCCACUGAAGAGUAAGUUAAAAAGGCCUAUAGAAAGUUUGCUAUGCUUUACCACCCAGAUAAAUGUAAUGAUGAAAAGAAGGAAACAUCUAAAGAAAAAUUUAAAAUUAUUGCUGACGCAUACUAAAAUCUUCUUUGUCCUGAAAGAAGAAGCGCUUAUAACUCUGCAUUACUUAGAAUGGAAUUAAUUUAAAAUGCUAAGAAAUAAAAUCCUAAAGGUGUUUGUUCUCUUCUUUAAAACUGCACAAAGAAUGAGCUCAUAUGCUUCUUAGUCGGCUCCAAUAUAUGCAGCAGCUAAUCUACUUCAUAAAACUAAAACCAAAAGUAAUAAUAUUUUGACUGCUCUGAGUAAAGCAAAAUCAAUAAUUAUUACUAAAGUUAAUAAAACAAACAUCAAUUCUUUGAAUAAUGGUAAAAUCAAAGCAAAGUUAUGAAUUCCAAUAAUUUUAGAAUGAACUCUCAAAAUGAUGGGUUCAGUGAGGAUGAAAACGGUUCAGAUGAGUCUGAAUGCGAACCUUAGUGUCAGGGCUCUGACAUCUGCUCCAACUCCUCAGAAUAGAGUUUCUAUCAGAAAUUCUCCUUUUUUAACAAUAUAAAAACUGAAUAAUUGAACCCUGAAAACUUUACACUUUUGAAAGGAAUUUUUAACAACACAAAUUUUAAUAGUCAAUAAGCUAAAAACGCUUUCGAAGAUGAAAUUUCUCUCAGAUAUAAAUAAUAUCAAAGCUAAUAAUAAUAAUAAAACCUUUAGACAAAGAUUGAGUCUUUUUGUUUUAGCGCUUAAGAAAAGUAAGAGACUCCUUCCUUUGAAGCUGCUUAAGUAAAAAGAGAAGAACAAUUACAGUAAGAAAAAGAUAAUUAAUUAUCAAAUGAUUACAAUUGUAAGACCUAGUAAAACGAUAGUAUUAACUAUUUCUAACAAUUUAAUACAAAAUUUGAAGAUAUUAAAUGCGAAGACUAGAACGAUGAUGACAUUUUAACUAGUGAUAAAGAAGAUGAUAUUCCUUCUGAAUCUAAUAAAUAAUACAAGAGCCGUAUCACUAAAGCAUAAAUUAAAAUGCUGCAAAAAUAAAAUCAAAAUAAGAAAAUUAUCGAAAGAAUCAGAAACAAAAAGCCUGUUUUCUCUUCUACAAUCUGUAAAAGAAUUAAAAAACAAAAUUGA